GGCGAGACCCUGAUUAUUUAAACUGAUUAUGGUACACGCUAUUCGGAUAAUCGAAUAACUUUGUUCUCAUAUGGGAAAAUAUAAUUUAUUUUCAUCUAUUGUAUAAAUAUUGCUAUUAAACAAGAAUAAAAGCUAUUGCAGAAAGCAAAAGAGACAAGAAGUAAGGACAGAGGUAGAUGUUGAUAAUAAUUAUAGUUUAUAAAAUUUGUAAACCAAAUCCUAUUCAAUCCUAAUUCAAAGCCGCUGGGCUGAAAUAAAACUAUCUAUCGAUACAAAAUCAAAAUCUUUUGAGUAGGAACGUAGCAGUUUCUAUUCUUGUUUUUCAAUCUAUCUUACAAAGGAUCAUUUGCAAAUUUUUCAUUAAUCAAUAUUCCGGUAAUUCUUCUACUUGACUAUGUAAACAAAAUCUACAUAGAGGUAUUUUUACAUCACUUUCAGCACUGUCAAUUCAACCGAGCAAAACUCGGCCAGCGAAUAUAACUCUGACGUAACUGGAUCGCGAUCAACACACCGACUCGAACAUUGAAGCGAAUAUUUCGGUUUCAUUUACAUGGUAGGCAGACGAGUAUCUAACAAUGAUGGACGCAUAUCUUGACAAUUGUCCAUCGAUCGAGGUAAAUAACGAUAACGCGUUCAAAGAGAAGACGAGAAUAGCACAAGUCGCAGCUACCACAUUAUGUAAAAUGAAUAGCAUAAUGAAGCAGAUGAGAAACUGGCGGGACGACCGUAUGAAAUUACGAUCCAACAUUUGGCGGUUAAAGCUAGCUUUACGAGUCGCUGCAAGAGACACGGAUGACACUUUGCACGCUGUCCGAUUGAUCGAACAUCAAAGAGCAGAAAUCAAACGGCUAGAGACGGUGAAUAAAGAUUUGAAGAAAGAAAUCGCUGAUAUUAAAUCUGCUCUGUUAAAUGGAGGCUACGUUACGCGAGAAACCGUUUGGAAAUCCGAUGACAAGCUCGUGGAAGUUAAACAGGAAUACUUAGUCGAGAGAGAACGUUUAAACAACGAGAUUCAAUAUCUGAGAAGUCGGUUGAACGAGGUGGAAGAGGGUCACGAACACAGUUCGGAAGUGGAACACUUAAAAUGCAAGCUGAAGCACUUCAUGAUGGUCGACUACACUAUGGAAAUUAUAUUCACCGAUAUAGUUAACAAAGUCGCUGAG